AACAGUGUGAAAGUUUUAUCAGUGAGGGUUGGGAGUUUUCGCGCUUGGGUGGUAGCGUUCAUGCGCGGGGACGUCUUCUAUGAUUAGGGUUUUCUCAUCCUUUGGUUUGUUGCCGAGAGUGCAGCAAGUCUCGUUUCGAUGCUGACCACAGGAGGAGGCGGCACUGCGGUGUUGGAGCCUGUGCAGCCUGUGCAGUCCGUGGAGCCUGUAGAGCCUCAGUCGCUGAAGAAGCUUUCUCUCAAGUCUCUAAAGCGGGCUUUGGAUAUCUUCGCUCCCGUCCAUGGCGACCGCAUUUCUGCAGUACCCGAGGGGAGCAAAAUUCGCGUCACCUGCAAGGUGAAUGACGAGUAUGUAGUUGUCAAGGACAUGCCGGUGCCUAGCACGAGGGAGGGUGGUGGUGCAAAGCUUGGAGAUAAUGGCCUUCAAAGCUUGCGAGUCCCUGCGCCAGAACAACCUGGUACAAAUGCAGGAUCAGCAUCGGGAAAAGUGGGCGGCAAGCAACUUGCGUUGGUGCCUGCUCGAGUCCAACCUCCAGCUGCAGCUCCAAUUGUUGGAGCCGCUCCUGCAGUCCCUGCAGUGGAUCGCACUUCUACUGCAAUUACAGCGGCUGAUCGGUAUCAACCAAGUGCUGCAGUAAUGAAGAGGCUCCCAAGUAAAUGGCCAAAGCCUGUCUGGCAUCCACCUUGGGUAAACUACAGGGUCAUCAGUGGGCAUUUAGGGUGGGUGCGAUCAAUAGCAUUUGAUCCUGGAAACGAGUGGUUUUGUACUGGCUCAGCUGAUAGAACCAUCAAGAUUUGGGACAGUGGAACUGGACAGCUCAAGCUGACUUUAACUGGUCACAUUGAGCAAGUUCGAGGUCUCGCAGUGAGUGCUCGACAUCCUUACAUGUUUUCAGCUGGUGAUGAUAAGCAAGUCAAAUGCUGGGAUCUUGAGUACAACAAGGUUAUACGUUCAUAUCAUGGACACUUGAGUGGAGUUUACUGUUUAGCGCUUCAUCCUACACUUGAUAUUCUUAUGACUGGUGGUCGAGACUCAGUGUGUCGGGUAUGGGAUAUGAGAACCAAGGCUCAGGUGUUUGCGCUAUCAGGACAUGAGAAUACGGUCUGUUCUGUGAUUACACAGGCCACUGACCCACAAGUUGUAACAGGAUCACAUGAUACCACAAUCAAGCUGUGGGAUCUUGCUGCGGGUAAAACUAUGUCGACUUUAACAUUUCACAAGAAGUCUGUGAGAGCAUUGGCGAUGCAUCCUUUUGAACACACCUUCACCUCAGCUUCAGCAGACAACAUAAAGAAGUUUCGGCUGCCCAAGGGAGAGUUUUUACAUAACAUGCUAUCUCAGCAGCGCACAAUCGUUAAUUGCAUGUCUAUCAACGAGGACAAUGUUAUGGUGUCAGCAGGUGAUAAUGGAAGUAUGUGGUUUUGGGACUACAAGAGUGGGCACAAUUUUCAGCAAGCGCAGACAAUUGUGCAGCCUGGGUCUUUGGAUAGCGAGGCUGGAAUCUAUGCUCUUUCAUUUGAUCAGACAGGCUCUCGGUUGAUCACCUGUGAAGCGGAUAAGACCAUCAAAUUUUGGAAGGAAGAUGAGUCAGCCACCCCAGAAACACACCCUAUCCACUUUAGACCGCCGAAGGAAAUGCGUCGGUUCUGAUAGUGCUUCACGAAACUUCCUUGUGAGAAUCAGGGGGUAUUCGUGCGUGGUUAUCUAUUGUUUAAUUGGUCACUGAUCAAUUUUGUGAGGAGGUUGGGACAUUUUCCUCUCAUUUUGUUUUAUCCAAAUGCUUGUGGCAUUGUGUACAUUAGAAAUAUUUUCACACAAGCUUGGUUUACACUCCACUGCCGAUGUAGUUGAAAUCAUUUCACCAUGAGCAAGCAAUUCAUGUCAUGCACAUCUGUUCAUUCAA